CGCAAGCAUAUCGGUUACUUACAGGGACUUCCCAGAGGAGACAUCUAAUUCUCAUUGAAAGGCUUGAGCAUGAGCGAGGAGAGAAGAAUUGUCGUCUCUAUUGACUUUGGAACCACUUUUUCUGGCGUCGCUUGGGCAGAUACGACUCAGCCGGAUGUUCAGCACGUAUUAUCCGACUGGCCAUCAGUUGGUUCGUCCCAAAAUAGCCCCAAGGUUCCAACUGAGCUGCGAAAAGUAGCAUCCGGCUGGCAGUGGGGGUUCCAGAUCCCGAAAUCGGCGAAGAGAAGUAGAUUGUUCAAGUUAAGACUGGAUGAACCAUCGGAUACGAAAGCUGAAGGGGAAUCUGCCCAGGAGCUAACAAGGAUAUAUCUAUCAUGCCUCUAUUCUCAUUUCAUCAGCGUCUUAGAGAGCAAGUUAUCGCCAAGCGUAGUACAAUCGACGCCGAUGGACGUUGUUGUCACCGUUCCAGCAAUAUGGUCAAAUAAUGCAAAGCAAGAAACAGAAAAGGCGGCAUCGCUGGCUGGCUUUGGCGGAGAGCAAAAAAUUAAGCUUAUAUCAGAACCUGAAGCGGCAGCUCUCUAUACUGUCAAAUAUUUGAGCCCAUCUGUCCUACAGACUGGUCGAAGAUUUGUCGUAUGUGACGCCGGAGGAGGUACGGUAGAUCUCAUUACAUAUGAAGUUGCCAAAGUUCAGCCGCUCCAAAUGAGAGAGGUCACGGAGGGCACUGGAGGAAAAUGCGGGUCCUCAAUGCUCAAUAUGAGAUUUCGACGAUUUUUGAAGCAAAUACACGGAGAUAAAUAUUGGACAGAUGAGCGCCUUGUUGUUGCGUUGAGCGAGUUUGAAGCGUUUAAAAGGGACUUUUCUCCAAAGGGUGAACCACUUACACUGAAAGUCGAUCCCUCUCUCGGCCUCAAACGUGAUCGAUUCACGAUACCGCAAGACGAUAUGGCCACUAAGAUAUGGGAUCCGAUCAUGAAAGACAUAAUUUGUUUAAUAAAGGAGCAAAUAUCCAUGGCAGACGAAAAAGUUGCGGCAGUCGUACUAGUUGGCGGGUUCGGACAGAACGCAUAUCUCAGGACUCGGGUUCGCGAAGUCAUCGUUUCUAGAGUGCGGGUGCUUCAACCAGAAAAUGGUGUUACUGCAGUGGUAAAAGGGGCCGUCAUCUAUGGUCUAGGAAGUUAUCAGCCUGCACUGGCUUUAGUAGGGAUCGCAUCUCGGGUCGCCAGGCGAUCGUACGGUACCUGCCUUUUGACGAAAUACGACCCGACAAAGCAUAACCGUGAUGAAGCCUUCUGGUCGGAGAAGGAAGAAGACUGGGUCGUCGUUGAGAUGUGCUGGUUCAUCCGCAAGGGUCAAUCAUACCCCGAUGAUAAGCCUUCAAAGAUUGAAUACCAAUGCGAUGUACCCGUAUUUAUGGGACAUAAACCACAAGCAGAUAUCGAGAUAUUUAGCAACGACGAUGAUCUUGAGGCACCCAUACACAUCAGCGGCACAACGAAGAGAGUAGCCACGCUAUUCCUUGACCUGCAUAAAAUAACAAAAUCAGCAAAGUCAUCGGCUAAAAAGAAAAAAUUGGGAUGGCAUCGAUAUUAUUGCUUGACAGGCGUGAUUGAGGCAAGCUAUGGAUCAGCCAUGAUAACAUAUACCGUGAAACUUGGAGGGGUGACACACGACGUCAUUAGGAUUCGAUAUGAAUAAAGAGGAGAGUUGAAGGCCUCAAGAAUCUGGGAUUGGAGGCUGUCUGGUUGAAGCAUUUGAUGUGCCGGGUAUCGGAUGUGUUGGAGGGUGUUCUUUCUUGGAGGCGCAAAAGAGCAAAAAUUCAAUGGAAAAGAUAGUAUACCAUAAUUCAAAUGAAUGAUGACAAAUUGAUUUGUA